AUGAUUGACAAGAAUCAUCAUAGACCUUUUAAUUUUCUUUAUUGCCAAUUUCUAAUUUUUGAUUCUUAUUCAGUACUAAUUGCUAAUUUUCCAAAGUAAAAUAAAAGAUAGAAAUUUUCUUUUAGUGUAAAACAAAAUGAAAAAGAAUAAAACCAAUAAAAAGAUUAACUUCAAAAACUCAUUUAAGAUAAUAUAAAUAUGUAAAAGUAAUAUGAAAAAGAAAAUAAAAUAAAAUGGGAAUAUAAUAAAAAUUUCAAUUAAAGCGAUUAAGAAUUGGAAGAAGCAUUAAGGAAAGUUGAUUAAUUUAAUAAUUAGAGUUAGAAUAUGAAAAAUAAGACAGAAUGGAAUUAGAAAAAAGUAUAUUUAUAAUAUUAUUUCUAGAUUUAAUAAUAUAACAAAUCAUUAUAAUUUUCAUAUACUUCUAAGCAUGGUAAUUGUUAAGUAAUUGAAGGUGCAAAAUUAGUGGAAGAAAUUAGUAAUAAUUGUAAUUGAUAUAUUUGUCUUUGUGAAUAAGCAAUCCAAUUAUUGGGAAAAUGUAGUUUGCAUUUUAAAUUCUUAGUGGUUCACUUUUAUGGUUGGAAUUGGAUUUAGAGCGAUUAUCUAGAAAAAUAGUUAUCAGAGUUGUUAUAAUACUGGGUAUGGUAAUUAUAUUAUAUAUAGGAUAUAUUUAAUCAAUAGUGCUGGUUAUAAUUAUUCUCAUCAUAACAAAGAUGUAUGA